GCAGUUGGUCAGAAGAUAGAAGAGCACCAACCAACAAUCGGAGGUGACCAAUCGGACCAAUCGGAACCAACAAUCAAGAACAUUUACAGCAUUAAGACAAUGGCAGACCAACCUACAUCAACUCAAGUCUACAAGGUCUUUAAUGACUCUGUUCAUGGCCACAUUGAGAUGCACCCUCUGCUGGUGAAGAUAAUAGACACUCCUGAGUUUCAGCGCUUGAGGAACGUCAAACAAUUUGGAGGAGGCUAUUAUGUCUAUCCUGGAGCGUCUCACAAUCGCUUUGAGCAUUCCUUAGGUGUGGCUCAUCUUGCUGGAAAGCUUGUACAGAACCUGAAAGAUAGCCAACCAGAUUUGGGUAUAGAUGAAGAGGACGAACUCUGUGUGCAGAUUGCUGGACUGUGUCAUGACUUGGGUCAUGGCCCAUUCUCACAUGCAUUUGAUGACUUCAUGGACCAGGUUCAGGAGGAUGAUAAGUGGAAGCAUGAAGAUCAAUCAGUCAAAAUGUUUGACCACCUCAUCAUUAAGGGCCACAUCAAGGGCAUCAUGGAAAAAAAGUAUAAUUUAAAAAAUGAGGACUUCGAAUUCAUCAAGGAGCUUAUUAAUCCAGACAAAGACAACAAAACUGAGUGGCAAUUUAAAGGAAGGACACAGGAAAAGUCAUUUUUGUACGAGAUUGUGGCCAACAAGCUCACUGGCAUUGAUGUUGACAAAAUGGACUACUUCAGUCGAGAUUGUCACCAUCUUGGUAUGACAUCUAACUUCUCCCAUGAACGCUACAUGAUGUUUGCCCGAGUAUGUACAGACGAAAAUGGUGAAAAGCACAUCUGCAUGAGAGACAAGGAAGCAGUAAACAUGUAUGAAUUGUUCCAUGUCCGCAACCUCAUUCGUCAAAGAGCUUGUCAUCACAGGGUAGCAAAGGCAGUGGAACUCAUGAUAACAGAUGCCCUCAUUGAGGCUAACAGUCACUUCAAACUGGGUGAAGAAAACCUGACCAUCUGUGAAGCAGUGAACGAUCUUAACACGUUCACACAUCUAACAGAUGACAUUCUUCAGGAAAUCGAACGCUCAACGGACGACAACCUCAAACAAUCACAGGAGAUCAUAAAAAGGAUAAGAGAUCGUGAUCUUUACCGUUAUGUUGAUGGGGAGCUAUUUAAGCGAAAUGAAGUGAGAAGCUUGAAAACUACUAAAGAAAAGAAGGACCUGCUGGAGAAAUGGAUAAAAAAAAUAACAAAUCAGCAGACCAAUCUCUCACCUGAAGAGCAACAACUGAAGGAUUUCCUAGACAAAAAAACCAAUCAGCAUCCCAAACUCUCGGCAGAAGAUUUCAGAAUUGUGGUCAUUGACCUAACCUAUGGUAUGGAAGAAAGCAACCCAAUUGACUCCCUGCUGUUCUACAAGAAAAAUCAACCAGAUAAGUCAUACAAGCUGAGCAAAGCAAAGGUGUCACAUAUGCUUCCUGGAACAUUUGCAGAAACUAGAGUCAUGCUUUUCUACAAGGGACUUCCCAAGAAGCAUGUGAAAACACUCUGGGAAAAACUGAAGCAAGUCUCUGGCGAACCCACUGGUGCUGUCUCUGGCGAACCCACUGGUGAUGUCUCUGGCGAACCCACUGGUGAUGUCUCUGGCGAACCCACUGGUGAUGUCUCUGGCGAACCCACUGGUGAUGUCUCUGGCGAACCCACUGGUGAUGUCUCUGGCGAACCCACUGGUGAUGUCUCUGGCGAACCCACUGGUGAUGUCUCUGGCGAACCCACUGGUGAUGUCUCUGGCGAACCCACUGGUGAUGUCUCUGGCGAACCCACUGGUGAUGUCUCUGGCGAACCCACUGGUGAUGUCUCUGGCGAACCCACUGGUGAUGUCUCUGGCGAACCCACUGGUGAUGUCUCUGGCGAACCCACUGGUGAUACCCCUGUUGAUCCCACUGAUAAAGGAAUCUAUAUUCAUCUCGAAGGUGAAAUCACAACCUCCUUAACAUCACAGCAAAUCAUCAACAUGUGUGAGGAUGACAACUACCAGUUCUUUGAUGACAAAACAUUCGAGUAUACGGAUCUGCAGCACUGGACGAAUGCUGAAAUGUGGGAGAGAAAGCUAGAUGCCUGGCUGAAAGAAGUUAAGAAUGAGCUUGAUGGAAAAAAGCCUGAUUUGGAGCUGAAGGACUUUUUAAUGGUCUCCUACUGCUUUAACACCACAUUAAUUAAGUUCAUGCUGUUCUACAAGGGACUGUCCAAGAUUGAUGUAAAAGAAUUUUGGGACUUAGUGAAAGCAAAACACUAAGGAGCUGUUCAAAUGAUGAAUAAACUCCAAUGGCCAUACUGAGAACAGAGAAAAAAAGCCAUACUAUAAAUAGAGUUCUUUCAGGUGGAGGCCACUGUGGGUAA